GCAGACAGAAAGAUUUAGCGGGUGCAAAACAAGACAUUUGUGUAAUUUGUCUAAGUGUGUCUGGUCUGGUUAUUAAAUUCAACUAGAUAUGGAUAUUGAGGCAGAAUUAAAGGCGAAAGGAUGGCAUUUCUCAAAAGAGGGAUUUGAACUCUGCAAAGAGGGCCUUGAUAGAAUAACUGUAUCUUCGGUUAUUCAGAAAGCCAUUGAUAUGGAUUUGCGAGAUAUUGGAGGAAAUUUUUUCCCUGAAGAUAUCUGUAGAGGAAAACUUGAAUCUAUUGCAGGUGGUGGUGUUGUGCAGAUUCAGAAAAUUAAAAAUGCAAGUGCUCCAAAAUAUGAGUAUGGCUCUGGUGCUCCAGCAAUUCUAAGAUUACUAUUAACUGAUGGUAAUGCAUAUGUUAAUUGUUUACAGUGGGGUCAGUGGAAAUCCAUAACUAUGGAUACUCCUCCAGGGACAAAAAUAUUUUUGAAGCCUGGGAAAAUUAAUAUACAGAACAAUUUUUUGCUUUUAAGUGAAAAUCAAUUUACAGUAUUGGGUGGUUGUGUUGCUCCUAUGGUUGAAAAGUGGGAAUUAUGCCGGCGUCUUGCAUCACAUGUCAGAACUAAAGAAGAUCUAGAUGGUAAUGGUCCACCGCCUUGGAUACCAUUUGGAAAACCAAUAUCAUCUUCCAAACCAUUAAAAUCAGGAAAUUUUAAAUCACUGGAGACAGAAGCAAAAGAAGCAAAAGAAAAUGAAAUUUUUAAACAACAAAGAAUGGCUAAUAUUGCUGAAGUUGCUAGAAUGAAAGAAGCUAAGGCUAAAGUCUUUGGAGGGGGCAAAGAUAUUAAGCCAACCCACGCAAAACAAGAGGCUGAAUCGUUUUCAAACUCGCAGUUUAGUCAUUCUAACAACUAUGAGAAACCAUUAAAAAAUCCUCAAGUUUAUGAGUCAAAACCAUCACCAUCAAAGAAGCAAUAUGAGGAAACAUUUCCUAAAAAUCAAGGGAGAAAUUUUCCAAAUCAUGAGUUUUACAGAACUCAAGUUACAAAUGAUGUUCCUAAUCAUGGACAGUCUUAUUCAAAAGAGAGAAGAAUAGAUCAGAGAAAUAAAUUUAAUGCAAACAAUACUCAAAAUUUUAAAAAUCAGGGAAUUAUGCAUCAGAUGCCAACUGAAAAUUUAUAUGCAGAAAAUACCUACAAUUUAAAUCCUGUAGCAAGAUCUGUGAAGAAUGCAAAUGUUUAUGAACCUAACAAAGUUUCAAAUAAUGACAAAUAUUUUAAUAAUAGCAAAUAUGGUGAUAUGGAAGAUUUAUCAUUUAAAACAUCUCAAGUCAAACUUCAUGGCUAUGAGAUUCGAAGUGAUAAAGAUAAUUUUGCAAUCGGUAAGCCUUUCCUCAAGCCAGGUGCAAUAGUACUGGCCAAGUAUUGGGAAGAUAAUAAGUAUUAUCGUGCUACAGUCCAUGCAGUUGGUAAAGAAGGAAAAACUUGUGUUGUUCAUUUUAUGGAAUAUGGAAAUUAUGAAGAAGUAUUAGUUGAUGAUGUUCAACAGAUAAAUUCCGGAUGGAACGCUGGGCCUUUAUCCUUCCAUCCAAGUCAUUGGAAUGAAAUUCCAAACAAUUACAGUCAGUGUCAAGACUUUAAGGAUCUAUUAGAACUACAGCAAAAUCCUAACAAAUCUUAUGGACAAUACCAGGGAAGACAAGAUCGGCAGAAACAAUCAAGACAAGACCAUAGACCAGCAGCAAAGUUAUAUCAACCACCCCACCAAAGACAACCAUCAAACUUUUAGGAAUCCCAAUUAUGUGCUUACAAAAGUUAAAGUACAAAAUUAAUAAUAUUAGUGUGAGACUACUAUUCUGACUUUAACUAACACUAUGCAAAAAGACCUAUUAUUUGAUCUUCUGUACAGUUGUGAAUUUUUUGUCUUGGAUUUCUACAGUAUGGUGUUGCCAAUUUUUUCUACUGGUCAAUAGAAUUAAUUGUAAAUAAAUUUCCAAUUCUUUGCAUAGUUUUUGAUACAGAAAUAAAUUAUAUAUUACUUUUAAAUAAAUUUACCAGUGUACUUAUAA